AUGAGAGCCGGAUGCGGACUCAACGUUCACAAAGGGCCUUCUAUCAGCAAGCCUCUGGCAACCCGCACUGGCCGCGUUGAGAAAUCAACCCCUAGGAAGAAAAAGGAGCGUGCCAAAUCGUCCAAGAAGGUUGACGGGCUCCAAAAGCCACUGAGCGAGCUGGCGAGAGAGCAGCCUCAAGUGCCCGUGGCUGACAUCGAGGCCUACGUCCAGCGAUCGGCGGAAGCACGAUUGAAAGAGGUGGAAGAGAGCAAGACGCCCGGUAGGAUCAAACGGCCCAUGAAUGCAUUCAUGCUGUAUCGCAAGGCGUACCAGAACUUGGCCAAGAGUCUUUGCACGCAAAAUAACCACCAAGUCGUAUCUCAGGUCUGCGGUAGCGGCUGGCCCUUGGAGCCUGAACACGUCCGCGAUCAAUUCAACGAGUGGGCUAAGAUGGAGCGAGCUAAUCACCAGAAAGCCCACCCGGGCUACAAGUUCACACCAUCAAAACCGAGGCCCAAGGCAAGGGACGGAGAGGGAGAUUCCGAGGAGGGUGAUUUGGAAGAUCUCGAAUGGGGUGCCAGCCGAGCAAGCUCGAGAAGCAGACAGAUCAGGAAGCCGGGAAACGGUCGCAACGAUGCGCCGGCAUCAAUCUUCCACAACUAUCCCCCGCUUUCAGGCAGCCCGAUGGGUCUUGGAGUGCAGACUCAGUCCAUGUAUCACUACAGCAACCCUGGCAAGCCUCUGCCAGCACCGUACAGCCAGACGGGCCUUGGUGGGCAGUACUACCAGCAGAGCGUUCAUCAGCGACAAGACGCCACCGGUUUCGUCGAGGACGUUCUUAUCAGAAAGACGCCAUCUCCGGCAAUGGGCUACUCCGCCCCACCUAUGGAUGGCCGCUUCGACGGUAUGAGCCAGUACGGACCCAUGUCCCACCACGACGGCCUCGAGCCCAUGAUUGAUCCGGGUUUGAUGGGCCAUGGAGGUCAUCCAUAUGGUGAUCCGUAUGGGGAUCCCAUGCUGGAGCCUAGAUGGACGAAUCCGCUUGGCUUCGGCGACGGCAGACAGGACCUGCUCGAUGGUCUGUCAGGCUAUGACGAGAAUCUCAUGCAUGAUCCGCAGCUUCAGAUCCUGCGGGGGCAAGAGAGCAGCUGGAGGGUGGAGGAGCUUGAAGGAAGCCACUUCAACAACUGGAUUGACCAGCCAGAGUGA